AACCGUCUUUGUUAAAAUUCUGAUUCUCAUUGAAAAUGGUACAACUUUCUUGAUCCAUCACCUAGAACAUCAGGAACUAUAUACAAACAAACAGCAGAUUUAUGGCUCGAACACCUGCCGUGACUCACACAGAAUGUGUUUGAUGAAUAUAAGGGGCCGCAAAGCCUGAACGACAAGCAGAUUCGGUGCAGCUCCCCUUCAAACACAUCUUGUUCCAGUGCCUGCAUAUCAGGCAGUGGACUCUGCUGUAAAAGUUGCUGCCGGGAGUCAUUUGUGUCGUUCUCCACAGAUGCAGCGGAUCUCCAACUCGAGCUCUAUAGAAACCGGCCGUUCCGAGAGCCUAAUGAAAAUGGAUGCAGAGUUAUUUCACUCCCCUGUGGUGGGGCUUACAGAGGAGGAGGAGGUGGACAUGACUGACUGGAACCUUCCACUGGCUUUCAUGAAGAAACGCCACACAGAGAAAAUUGAGGGAUCCAAAGCUUUGGCUCAGAGCUGGAGAAUGAAAGACAGGAUGAAAACAGUAAGCGUGGCUCUGGUGUUGUGUCUUAAUGUUGGUGUGGACCCUCCUGACAUAGUCAAGACUUCACCUUGUGCCAGACUAGAGUGCUGGAUAGACCCUCUGUCUAUGAGUCCACAGAAAGCCCUGGAGACAAUAGGGACCAACUUACAGAAACAGUAUGAGAACUGGCAGCCCAGGGCCCGCUAUAAGCAGAGUUUGGAUCCUACAGUUGAUGAGGUGAAGAAAUUGUGUACUUCACUGCGAAGAAAUGCUAAAGAGGAACGUGUUCUCUUUCAUUAUAAUGGCCAUGGUGUUCCACGACCCACUGUCAAUGGAGAGAUCUGGGUCUUCAACAAGAACUACACCCAGUACAUCCCUCUCUCCAUCUAUGACCUACAGACGUGGAUGGGGAGUCCCUCCAUAUUUGUGUAUGAUUGCUCCAAUGCAGGAAUCAUUGUCAAGUCAUUCAAACAGUUUGCGCUGCAAAGGGAGCAAGAGCUGGAGGUGGCAGCAAUUAACCCAAACCACCCAUUGGCCCAGAUGCCUCUACCUCCCUCCAUGAAGAACUGCAUUCAGCUGGCUUCUUGUGAAGCCAGUGAACUCCUGCCCAUGAACCCUGACCUCCCUGCUGACCUCUUCACCUCCUGUCUUACCACACCAAUCAAAAUUGCCCUGCGCUGGUUUUGUAUGCAGAAGAGUGCAAAGCUGGUGCCAGGAGUGAACUUGGACCUCAUUGAGAAGAUCCCAGGCAGGCUGAAUGACAGGAGGACACCACUAGGAGAGCUAAACUGGAUUUUUACAGCUAUCACUGACACAAUCGCUUGGAACGUCUUGCCAAGAGAUCUCUUUCAGAAACUGUUCCGUCAGGAUUUGUUGGUGGCCAGUCUUUUUCGUAACUUCCUAUUGGCUGAGAGAAUUAUGAGGUCUUAUAACUGUACACCAGUCAGCAGUCCCAGAUUACCACCCACAUACAUGCACGCUAUGUGGCAAGCAUGGGACCUUGCAGUGGACAUCUGCCUUUCCCAGCUCCCCACUAUUAUUGAGGAGGGCACAGCUUUCAGGCACAGUCCAUUCUUUGCUGAGCAGCUGACAGCAUUUCAGGUCUGGCUUACACUGGGUAUUGAGAACAGAAAUCCACCGGAGCAGCUGCCUAUUGUCCUGCAGGUACUCUUAAGUCAAGUACACAGACUGAGAGCACUGGAUUUGCUUGGGCGGUUUUUGGACCUGGGCCCAUGGGCUGUCAGUCUGGCCCUAUCGGUGGGGAUUUUUCCAUAUGUGUUAAAACUGUUGCAGAGUUCAGCGAGAGAGCUCAGGCCUCUGUUGGUCUUCAUCUGGGCAAAGAUACUUGCUGUGGAUAGUUCUUGUCAAGCCGAUCUCGUUAAAGACAAUGGACACAAGUAUUUCCUGUCAGUGCUGGCUGAUCCAUACAUGCCUGUGAGUGUUUUAUUGGCUGAGCAUCGAACCAUGGCUGUCUUCAUUCUUGCUGUGAUUGUCAACAAUUACAACACAGGACAGGAGGCAUGUCUGCAGGGUAACCUCAUUGCGAUUUGUCUGGAGCAGCUUAAUGACCCUCAUCCUCUCCUCAGGCAGUGGGUGGCGAUCUGUCUGGGUCGAAUCUGGCAGAAUUUUGAUUCCGCACGCUGGUGUGGAGUUCGAGACAGCGCCCAUGAGAAACUCUACAGUCUCCUGUCUGAUCCCAUACCAGAGGUGCGUUGUGGAGCUGUGUUUGCAUUGGGUACAUUUGUGGGCAACUCUGCUGAAAGAACAGACCACUCCACCACCAUUGAUCAUAACGUGGCCAUGGUGCUAGCACAACUUAUCAAUGAUGGCAGUCCUAUAGUGAGGAAGGAGCUGGUUGUUGCUCUCAGUCAUCUGGUGGUGCAGUAUGAGACAAAUUUCUGUACUGUGGCUCUGCAGUUUAUAGAGGAAGAAAAGAACUAUGCUGUACCCUCACCUGCCAAUUCCACAGAGACAGGAAACGUUACCCCAGUUAGGGAAAGUCCCACCAUUCCUCGUUUACGAUCAGUAAACUCCUACACAAACCUUAGAGCUGCCACUACUGCUCGAACCCUCAACAAGAGCCUUCAGAACCUCAACCUCAACGAAGAGGGUGGUCCAGCAACAUUCUCUCCAGGCAACCUGAGCACCAGUAGCAGUGCCAGUAGUACCCUGGGCAGCCCUGAGAAUGAUGACUACCUCCUCUCCUUUGAAACCAUAGACAAGAUGAGGAGAGUCAGCUCAUAUUCUUCCUUAAACUCCCUCAUUGGUGUGUCUUUUAACAGUGUAUAUACUCAGAUUUGGAGGGUACUACUGCAUCUUGCAGCAGAUCCAUUUCCAGAUGUCUCUGAUCUGGCCAUGAAGGUUCUCAAUAACAUUGCAUACAAGGCUACCAUUAACGCUCGGACACAAAGAAUUUUAGACUCUGGAUCUCUGACUCAAUCAGCUCCCUCCAGCCCCACCAGCAAAGGAACACUCAUACAUCAGGCAGGCAUGCUGCAUUGCAGAUCCAAACGGUCUUCAUCUCCUUCCAGCGGAUCUCCGCCAAUGCCUGGUGCCUCCAGCUCCAGCCUCACCAAUGAAGUGCCCAAACCACCUAUCCGCGAGGGGCCACCAACUCGCCCGCCAUACACGCCUACGCUUGGUGGUCAGGCACCCCACUCGCAGCAGUUCCCACGCACCAGGAAGAUGUUUGACAAGGGUCCAGAUCAGGCUGCUGAGGAUGGAGAUGAGACAGCCAUUCACCGGAACUUCAUCAGUGUUAGUCUGCAGACGGGUGUGUGUGACUGGAGUGCAAAAUACUUUGCUCAGCCUGUUAUGAAGAUUCCAGAAGAACAUGAUUUGGAAAGUCAGUCCCGUAAGGAAAGGGAAUGGCGAUUUUUACGUAACGCUCGAGUACGGAGGCAAAGCCAGCGUGUCAUUCAGAGAGGAGUGACAAGGUUAGAUGAUCAGAUCUUCAUCAACAGAAACCCAGGAGUGCCAUCAGUGGUGAAGUUUCAUCCAUUUAACUCCUGCAUUGCUGUAGCUGACAAAGACUCAAUCUGUUUUUGGGACUGGGAGAAAGGAGAAAGACUGGAUUAUUUUUACAAUGGAAACCCUCGGUACACGCGCAUCACAGCUAUGGAGUACCUGAAUGGGCACGACUGCUCUCUCCUCCUCACUGCAACUGACGAUGGGGCAUUGAGAAUUUGGAAAAACUUUGCUGACCAGAGAAAUCCUGAGAUGGUUACAGCAUGGCAGGGGCUAUCCGACAUGCUGCCCAGCACACGAGGUUUGGCCCGACGUGUCUCAAUCUAUCUUGACAGAAGUAAGCAGGGAGGUGCAGGUAUGGCGGUGGACUGGGAACAGGAGACUGGUCUCUUGAUGACUUCAGGUGACGUGCGAGUCAUUCGCAUCUGGGACACAGAACGAGAAAUGAAAGCCCAGGACAUCCCAACAGGAGCUGACAGCUGUGUGACCAGCUUGUCAUGUGAUCCUCAGCGGUCACUGAUAGCUGCAGGUCUUGGAGACGGAUCAGUACGAGUUUUUGACCGCAGAAUGGGACCCAACGAAUGCCGUGUGAUGACGUAUAGGGAACAUACUGGAUGGGUUGUGAAGGCACAUCUGCAAAAGGAGGGAGAAGGGCAUAUUAUCAGUGUCAGUGUGAAUGGAGAUGUGCGGUUCUUUGACCCACGGUUACCAGAAACAAUCAACGUCUUGCAGACUGUGAAAGGACUAACAGCACUAGACAUUCAUCCUCAGGCCAACUUGUUCGCCUGUGGCUCCAUGAAUCAGUUUAUAGCUGUGUAUAACUCCAAUGGGGAUGUUAUCAGUAACAUUAAAUACUAUGAUGGUUUCAUGGGGCAAAGAAUUGGAGCCAUCAGCUGCCUGGCCUUCCACCCUUACUGGCCUCACCUGGCAGUGGGCAGUAAUGACUACUACAUGUCAAUCUACUCGGCAGAAAAGAGACUCAGAUAACAUCAUGACAUCUUUCUGACCCCUGCUGCACCAACCCCCUGCGUGCACCCACAUGUGAUAACUACAAUUAGUAUAAUUAUUAUCAUAAUUUUCAUUUUAAAAUGGAUUGUACACUUUUAGAUUGUACAUAAAGGUAGAAAAACAACUCAAUUCUUCAGUCAAAGCUGGCUGAUGAGUUUGGGACUGUAAACCUUUUUUAAUCCCCUGCAGAAUCCGAAAAAGCAACAUGAAGAAGGGAUUUCUAUGAAGGAUGACAGACUUACAGAAGCUCCCCAGGUUUUGGGUUUUCACACUGGUGCCUGACUAUGAAAGAACUCAGAUAACUCCCUGAAGCCCUAUGUUUAGAACAAUGCUUUCAUGAAAAACUGACAGUCUAGCUGUAGAACUGUGUGUGUGUGUGUGUGUGUGUGUGUGUGUGUGUGUGUGUUGCACGUUAAGGAGGCUACAAAGAGCUAAUAGAUUCUAAAUGACCAUUCUAAAUGGCCGAUAACAGCCUCCCUCAACACAUAAUUCCCUGAUUAACAUGUACGUACACACGCUGCCAAAUCCUCUCCCUGUGCUGGAAAAGAAAUGCACAAAAAAGGGGGUAAAUGUCUAAAGAUUUUAAGACAGAACUGUCAAGACAAGAAGAAAUGGGCGAGGCUUUGGCAUCCAUUUUUCAAAACUGGGACAUGCUGUUUCCUCAAGAUUUUGUUGUUGUUUAUUGCAUUCAUGGUUCCUAUUUAAAAUUCUGUUUGUUGAGGCAGUGUAACACUGACAGUUUUUCCCAACAUUCAAUAUCCAACAGGCAACUUCAGUAUGUGUGACAUGUUUGUGUUUUUGUUGGGCAGUGAGAACCGGCCUGCAAGCACACAGCCAUCUACCUGACUUUUUUAUAAGAAGCUGUUUUCACAGCACUUUCUCUCUAAUGAACAAUGAACAUGUCCUGGUUACCCAAAGAAUGAAGCAGUAUACCUAAAUCAACAUCAUGUUUCUAUGUUAUAAUCAAAGGACUUUUACGGUUUUACAUGUAUGUACACAUGUAUGAGUCUGCUUCAGUACAUACUGUGUACAUACACUGUCUCUCUGCUGCGAUUUUUGCUAGAUUAAUGUUACUCUCUGCUUUUCGCAGUUCAAGCUGAUCUUCACAUUACACUUAUGUCAGGGAUGAAAUUAUUUACUCAAAGCUUGGGUACCGCAACAAUAAUCAUAAUUUUGUUUGAAUUAUUGUAAAUUUAGUACCUCAUCUCCUGUAUUAUAUUUUUCUUUUCCAUAAUCUGGUUAUUAAAAUAUAUCUUUAUUUAUUGAAUUAUUUUUGUUACCAGUUAAAUGGGUUGAUGGAAUUUCUGUUUUAUUUUUAACGAGCGAAAUUUUUACCUUGCCAUCGUUUAUCUGCGCAUUUUCAGAAAUUAUGUUUUUCAUGAUUUGGAUGCCACUCAUAUGCUGUUAUCAUGCAUUAAUCCUAAAGGAACUAUUAGAUUUAUUUGCAACAAAAGGAGAAUGUAGUUGAGCGCCUAUCAAUGGAUUUGUUUAGAAUUAUGCUAAGGGACUAGGGAGGUACUUUGUCCUUAUGAUAAUAAAAAUCUUAACGAUUCUACUAAUCCUUAAUUUUUUGUAUAUUUAAGAGUCUAUUACAAUAAAUGUAAACAAGCAGGUGUUUUUUUGUGGCUGUACAAUGCUUUUUACCAUAGUUUAAAAUAACAAAGGAAAUCAAUCAAAUAAACCAGAUGCAUAAAUCUCA